GACGGACCAAACACUGCUGCUGCAGCAACACCACCGGCAGCCUCCAAACUGCGUUUUCCCUGCCGUGAUGGAUCCCUCCGUAAACCGGUGAGCUGCUAUCAGAAGAAUUGAACUGUGGGGAGGACCGACAAGCAAUGACCGCAGCGAGAUUGUGCCCAUACAUCUAAGGGAUAAAAAAGAUAGGCUGUAUAGCCUAUUUCUAGCAAUGUUUUAGGAGCGUCUUGUUUACCUCCCCGACAGAUAAACAGCCGGGUGACAGUGAUAUUACGGCCGACAUGUAAGAGCUGGAUAACUAUUCCCGUGUGACCGACACCCAUCUGCAGACGGUUACAAUAAAAUGAAAAAGGAUGAGCUCUUCAGGUCAGUAGACCCGUGCUGAUUGGAGACAUGUUCUAAGGACGACAUCUCAGCCACCAUGAAAGGGUUAGGAGCCAACCGCAGUCGUCACCUGUCUGACUCGUGUGAACCAGCGGGAUGCCCCCAGAAGCCUCUCUGUCCUGUGACCUCUGACCCUCACAGCGCCUUUCUGUUGAGCCCCACCAUAAACCACUAUGGCACCCUGGACCCCCAUCUCCACCAGUGCUCUCCCACCAGCCCCACCGCCCUGACCCCUGACUGCCUGCUGCCUUUCAGUCAGAUGUCCAACAGCAGCACCUUCCCUCGUCUACAUUUCACUUCCCAGACUGAUCAGGUUGACUGCUCCCAGGCCUGUAUGGCUGGUGGUGGUGGAGUUGGGCAGGGCAGCAGGGUGGGUACACUAUCCAACUCCUUGUCUAUGGGCAUGGGCUUGGGUCUGGGCCUUACUGGUGCUCCUAUGAUCACCAGUGGAUCAGCCACAAUCUCCUCUGCAGCAGCAGCCAAGAUGAAUCGGUUACCCUCCAACCUUUUGGAUCAGCUAGAGAGGCACCUGCCCCUGCAGCGUGAUGGCUUCAGUACGCUGCAGUUUCAUAGAGGACGUAUGUCAAAGCAACGCAGUGAGAGCCCAGGACGCAUACGCCACCUGAUGCACUCUGUGCAGAAGCUAUUUGCCAAGUCCCAGUCCCUGGAAAACUCUGCAAUCAAAGGCAGCAUAAACGGGCGCUCUGCUGGAGGAAUGACUAGCACCACAGGAGCUGGUGAGGAUGGUGGGAGACCAACCCGCAGGAGCAAGAGUAAAGACAGGGCUAAAACUGAGGGGCCAAAGCAGAGACCUAGGCCCAGUGCACUAGGCCUCUGGAGCUCAGAUGAUGCCCUGGACACUGACACCACCAAAGCUGGCACUAUUGCUGUAGGAUACCGCAACCCAUUGAGCAUGAUGACUCUUGGCAGAGCGGUGUCAGACAGCCAGGCCAGACAUAUCCCACAGGGCUACAACACCAUUUCUGCACAUACUCUCAAGACCUCGAAAAGCAGCAGUGACCUCAAGUUUCUGGCAUGCCCGGCGACACAGGUAGGAUCCAAGGAAGAGGAGGGAAGAAUCAGGGGAAGCAAGGAUGAUACACUGGUGAAGAGGGGCUCCUGGUCCACUCUCACCCUCAGCCAGGCCAGGCAAGUGUUGCAGAAGGGCUCUGCUACAGUCAACAGGACCCUUCUUAAAUCAAAGUCAUGCCACCAAGACCUGACACAACAGUUCCUUCAGGUAGGAGGACCAGUCCCACUGGGGGACUGGGCAGGAACUCUGGGUCGCGGCCGGGCCAGAGGAACUGAGAUCCCCUGUCGAAGGAUGCGCAGUGGCAGCUAUGUGAAAGCUAUGGGAGACUUAGAAGACAGCGAGGACUCAGAGGGAAGCCCUAAACCUUCCCCCAAAUCCGCUGCUCGUCGCCACAGCUACCUGAAGGCCACCCAGCACUCCCUGAGUGAGCAGCAGCCACCUCCACCUCCACGCAAGCCUCGUUGCUACGCCCUCAUGCGGGAGGAUUAUCUGUGGUCUCCACUACAGAGUGCAUGCUCUAUGCAGCAUCUGAGCCCCCUGCCUUCCCUGAAAGAGCUGUCGACUAAUCGGAGCCUCGAUAACUUAGACUGCCUGGUAAGCCCGUUGGAGGACCCUCCACGCCACAGGAACAAUGAUUUCAGCCAAUGCUCUGGCACGCUGGGCAGAGGCUCGGGCACUCAGCGUGUGAGUCUGCACACGUUCUUUCAGGUAUGCGGGCAGGGCUUUGGGCACUCAGUACCAUACUAUGAGGGGGAAUCACAGGCAGUGGAGGCUCUGGAUCUGCCUGCGCCCACGUGUUUCCGGUCGCGCAGCCACAGCUACCUGCGGGCCAUCCAGGCGGGCUGCUCCCAGGAUGAAGAUACGGCCUCUGUGGACUCAGACUCACCACCACCCACCACUAAAGGCUACAGCUACAGCUCCAACACCACAGUCAGCAAUAGGAAGGCUCCUCCUCCAGUCCCACCCCGCACCACAUCCAAGCCCCUCAUCUCAGUGACAUUGCAGAGCAGCACAGAGUCAGCCCAAGACAUAUACCUUGACCAGCAGGACCGUGGCAGUGAGGCCAACAGCCAGUCAGGACGCAGCAACUCCUCUGACAGUCUCUGUAGCAUCCGCACAGCCAGUCUGGCUAAAGGGACCCAGCCUCCACCAGCCCCUGUCCCUGCUGCAACCCCUGCACCUGCUGCAGGCUCUGUACCUCCUAUUCCAGCCCCUCGUGAUCUCCCUCCCACCACCACUGUCGCCACUACCACCACUUCCACAUCUACCCAAAAUGACACCCUGAGCAUUGGUUUCACCCUAGAGCCGCCCCCGACUGCCCCCAAGAGGAAACUGUCCUCUAUCGGAAUUCAGGUGGAUUGCGUUCUGCCAGUCUUAAGAGAGGAACUACUUCCCCUGGCUGCACCCCUUAAGUUUCAGUCAAUUGGAGUUCAAGUGGAGAACGGCAGGCCAAGAUGCUGCACCAUCAGCUGCCAUAAUGUCCUUCUCAGCCGGGACAGCAGCAUGGCCUCCAGACAAAAUACAGAGACUGAGCCUCAGGAGCCCCAGGAUGCCACACCCACAGAAAACAACAGAGCCAACUGCACCAACAGUCAAACAGUGAAUACCACUGCACCCAACAGACAGGACAAAGCCAUGGAACAGCAGUCCUUUAAACACACCUCGGCCCCGUCCAGGAUAUCGACUUCACCCCCAGAGACUCUGGACCCAGCUUUAGAUCCCUCCUCGCUGCCACCGCCAGAUCCCAGCCUGGAGACCGGAAACUGCAGCACCCAUGGAGAUGCUGUUCAGCCUAGCACGCUAGCUUGCCUCCGAGACGGUAACUGGUUUCUGAAGCUGCUGCAGGCGGAAACAGGGCGCAUGGAGGGCUGGUGUCAACAGAUGGAGCAGGAGACCAAAGACAACAAGCUGUCAGAGGAGGUGUUGGGGACAAUCCGCAGUGCAGUAGGCAGUGCUCAGCUCCUCAUAUCACAGAAGUUUGAGCAGUUCAGAGGGCUCUGUAAUGAGAACUUGAACGUAAACGCCAACCCCCGACCAACAGCACAGGAUCUUGCAGGGUUCUGGGAUCUGCUGCAACUUUCAAUAGAAGACAUCAGCAUGAAGUUUGAUGAGCUCUACCAGCUAAAAGCCAACAACUGGCAACUUCCUGAGAAACCAGAGAAGAAGGAUGACAACAAGCAGCUUCCAUCAUCUGUGCCAAAGAAGCAGUCUAAGCCCAAGCUGUCAGCGGGGAAGGACAGGAGCGUGGACUCGGCUGUGGACAAGCAGCGGCAAGAAGCCAGGAAACGGCUGAUGGCAGCAAAGCGCGCGGCAUCAGUACGACAGAAUUCCGCCACGGAAAGCGCUGACAGCAUCGAAAUCUAUGUCCCCGAGGCCCAGACCCGCCUCUGAGAGUGAACCAGCACUGAUCAUUGAGGAAAACCGUGACUCACUUCAGACAGUCAUUGACACAAACACACAGACAGAUCUGACACGAACACACAGAUGUACAACGGAUGCACAGAGGCAGAUCCCUCAUAGCAGCACAGCUGAUAACAGGAGAAACUUGGCGAUCACAGGGCACAGAAACAAUCCAGAAUAAUGCAGAUCAUCACCCUGCUGCCAUGGGACUGAAAUAUCCUUGACAGAUGUUUAAUACUAUUGUUAUUGUUAUUAUUGACAUUAUAAUAAUUAUUAUCUCCUAAAGUAUGUCAGGACUGUCUUAAAUGUGCAACUAUCUUGGAUAAGGACAUCCUGUACCUGUAAGCUGAAGAAUCUUGGUAUCCCAGAAGUUUACUCUCUUAAACCUCCCUUCAUUGCUGAGCCUACCGGCAAGUUGUGGCUGCCUGGUUUACGAGCUGAGCUACCAUCCACACACACUCAGGACACACAUGCAGGUGUACUCACUGUCCACAGAGUCUUCCUGUUCUCUAUUUGUAUUAGGCUGCCACUCGUUGGGUGUGGUGUGUACGCUUUACUGUGUAAGAAUUAUAAGAUGGUGUUCAUGUACUCAGAGGUUUAAAAUGCAGAGAACCAGAGGAAGGCAGUAGCAUAUAUAUUAUAAAUAUCACACUAUUACAAUGUUCAUUUUGUAAAUGUUGUAUACCAGAUUAUUUGUUAGAAAGAGGUCAGUGUUCAGUACCAAGGUAGUUUUUUAUAGAUCGAGUACAUGUACUGUCAUGAUAUAUUAGCACUUGAUGCAAUCAUUCACUCCACCUCUCUCUCUCUCUUCCUCUUACUUUUCACAAACGCACACUACAGUCUGUGUCUGUGAAUACCCAUUGUUUAAAGUCUUACAUUUGUUUGUUUUUGUGAAGGGAUGUGAGGAAUGACUGCCCAGCCAGUGAGCUACAGAGGAAUGUAUGAAAUGUAUGCAUUUACAGCUCAUGUCGACUUGAUCACUGCACUUUCCAUUCACCUCAGAUCAAGUUUGCUCACCUUUGUUUGCCUGAUCAUUCUGACUUUCACUGCAUCCUCAUGUGAUGUAGGGGACCAAGACAUUCACCACUUGAUAUGGCAUUCCCAUUCAACCAGACUAUGUGUGAUAGGGUGGGGGUUUACUUGCUACUGGAAAGGAAAUGGAAUAGUAUAGCAAUAAUAAAAUCGUAUUAGAGAAAGCAAUGCGGUAGGUACCCAGUUUUAAAUUAUUUAAAUCGAAUAAGGCUUUCUUACCAUGAAGGAUGAAUGUUUUUUUUGUAUUUUUUUUUAAGAACUGACUGCCCUUGAAAUGACAAAAACUGACUGCCUUUGAAAUGACUAAAAUCUCAGGUCGAACACUCAAACUCAACAGUAACAACCACUAUGGAUGGAUUAUUUAUUAUAUAACCACAAAUGAAUUGGCCAAAAAUGCUCAGAGCUGUUGCCAGAUAUUUCAAAUCCAGACCUACUUAGUGUUCUUCAAUAAGAAAAAUAAGUUUUGGUAAGGUUUGUUGUGCAGUGCAGUUCAAGCUUAAAUCGACUGCUAAAAUCAGCAGUCCUUCUCUCCCCUUUCUAGCGGCUUGAGCUCCCACCCAUUUGUUGCAAAUGCAAAACUGUGGUACAUUUUUUUUUUUUAAUUUAAAUUUUUAAUGUCAUUUGACACAUUUUGUGACUUUCAUCCAAAAUGAGGUCAACCUGAACGUGUCUUGACUUGUGUAAUUAUAAUAAUUAAUGAUUAAUGGUGCUGCGAGGGACUUCAUAUUGUGCCAAGACGGCAAUGAUCAUCAACAUUUCAGUGUCAUUUGGUAAAGCUUUUAUUUAAAGUGAUUUUUUUCUAUUUAAUCUGCUCAUGAAUUCAGCUGUCUGUGUGUGCAUUCUCAGCUAAGUUUGUGUUUGCAUCAGCUCACUCCAGAUAUGCUAUGCCUGGUAAACUCAUGACACUUUGAUUAUGGGACUGGUGUUUUCCAUGUUUCACUUUUCUCAAAUGGAAACACAAGUGCCAGGGGUACAUGAGUGGAACUGGGCAUAGCAGAUACUCAUGCACAAGUGUAGGUUGACUCACUUUUUUUUUUUUUUUUUUUUUAUUAUUUAAGUAAGAGCUGGCUCUCCCCCUACUGGUCAGUCCUUGCGCGACACUCCAAACAUCUUGUUCUGCUCCAUUUUGAAUCUUUAGUUAACAUCAAACAAGAAAUUAAAUUGAACUGGGAAUGCUGACACAACACCAAGUUGUUGAUUUUCUUAUUCUCUUUGUAUUACAUCAACAAUGGACAUGUGCAUUUCAUUGUCCAAAGAAAUCAUUAAACAUCCCUUUGCUACA